UCAAGAAUAACAAGUAACCUUAAAAAAUGACUUUUACAAUUUAUCUUCUUCAAUGUGUUGCGUUUGUGGAUCUCCUGGCAGUGAGCUUGAUAGUUCCAUUGAUUGCCAGCCACGUGAGGACCCUGGGUGCCGACCAUGUGUAUGUGGGGCUCAUGGGUUCCAUAUAUUCUGGGUUUCAGCUGGCUUCAGGACCACUUCUUGGCAGUUUAAGUGAUCUUAAAGGGCGAAAAGUUGUACUGAUUGCUACAUUAUUAAUAUGCGGUCUGGCCUAUGCUGCUUUGGGUAUUACGAGUUCACUAGUUGUUAUACUAAUUAUACGAGCAUGUUUAGGCCUAUUUAAGCAGACACAAAUAUUGACCAAAGCUUUAGUGCCAGACUAUGAGCGGAGUGAAAAGAAACAGUCCAGCAUUUAUGGCAAAAUGGCGGCCAUAUCUGGAAUUGGUAUGACGAUAGGCCCAAUUAUUGGAGGGCAUAUAGCAGAAGAUCAUCCGGAACAGGCCUUUAAACUGGUAGCAACAGUUGUUGGGGUCUGCUUUAUUGCCAAUGCAGGUUUGGUGUAUUUAUUACCAAAAUCAAUAUCAGAACUGCAACAGGCAAACAAACCAGUUAAAGAAAAAAUUAUACCAAAAGGAAUUGUACAUAAAAUAGUUAGUAGUUGUAAAGAAUCAGUUUUAGAGUUGUAUAAAAUAGAAUGGUCCAAAUAUGGGACCAUAUUUUUUUUCAAAGGAUUGCUUGGGUUUGCUAUGUCAUUAUACUAUUCAAAUUAUGUUUUGUAUUUAAAAAUCACUUAUGCACUAACUCCCAAGUAUAUUGGGUAUAUUAUAUCAUUCCAGGGCAUAAUAGGAUCCAUUUGUAGUUACUACAUGGGAUACAUAAAUAGCUUUUAUACAAAAGACAAAGAUUACAAUGUUAGAAACUUCCAUGUAUUUUUGGUUUUAUCUUUGUCAAUAUUAGGAUUGAUUAAUUCUUUUAAUAUUUAUAUGUAUGCUUUAUUUUUGAUACCUCUUGCAAUAGGUAAUGCUGUUGGUAGGUUAGUAACUUUGGAAAUGAUACUAAAGAUAAGCCAUAAUAAACACAGAGCUGCAUUAAUUGGAGCUUCAAACAGUGUGCGGUCUCUAUCUGGUGUGGUUGCUCCAAUAGUAGCAGGCUUAGUAGGACAGUACUACAGUGUACAGCAUGUUGUUUAUGUAACAUUUUUUGUGGUGACUUUAGGUUCUCUUGCAAGUUACAGGCACAAAAACAAAAGAAUAAAACAAGACUGAAGUUUUAAUAAAUAUUUUGUUAUGUUUAAA